AUGUUUGUCGGGUCUGACGACUCGGGGUCGUCGGAUCUAACGUCCUACUACUACAUCGGCUGCGACAACAGGCACGAGCUGGGCUCAGACGCCCUUGUCUUCUGGCGGAACCGACGCCUCCUUCACCGGCUCCUCGGCUCCCGUGGUCAUCAUCUUUUCAGAAAUGACCCUCGGUUUCUUCGAAUGUGGAGGAGGUAUCUCUCCUUCAUCAUUGGUCAAAUAAAUUCGAACAUAUCAUCAAAACGGAUGAGGCUAUCGGCCCCGGCCCUCCGCAUCGCUCCCAGCCCCGUCCCUCCGAUUCGCCGCCGGCCGCCGCCUCCCUCUGAUUCGUGCUCACAGUCUUCAACGCCACCCACGUCGACACCUACGCCGUGCUCCACGGCACCACCGCCUUCAACGCCGCCCACGUCGACACCUGGAACGGCACCACCUUCAUCGUCCCCGUCAUCGGCGCCUUCCUCGCCGACAGCUGCUGGGGGAAGUACAACACCAUCGUCGCCUCCCUCCUCUUCUACCUCGCCGGCCUGGUGCUGCUCGCCCUGUCCGCGGGGAUCUCGCCGCUGCGGCCGGCGUCGUGCGAGGGGAUCUCGUGCCCACAGGCCACCGGGAAGCAGUUCUCCUCUUCUUCGCGGCGCUGUACCUGACCUCCAUCGGCACGGGGGUGUCAAGUCGGCGCUGCUCCCUUUCGCGGCGGAGCAGUACGACGUGGACGGCGGCCCGGAGCAGGCGCCGAGGAAGCAGUCCUUCUUCACCUGGUUCUUCGGCGCCAUCAACCUCGGCAUCUUCGUCACCGGGACGCUCGUGUCCUGGCUGCAGCAGAACGUGUCAUGGGCGCUCGGCUUCGGGGUCUCCGCCCUCUGCCUGCUCCUGGCGGCGAUUGGCUUCCUGCCCGGCACGCCCUGGUACAGGAUUCAGCGGCCCGUCGGCCACAGUCGCGCCUACUCCUCCAUCGCCCCUCCGCCGACCGUUGCCGUUGCCAGGUGCUCACACUCGCCGGUAGAGAUGCGUCCCAGAACGACGACGUGGGUCACCGGCGGGGGUACCCGACUACCCGGCAUCGUCAAUGACAAAGGUGGGGCUUGAGCUCGUCUCUGGCGACGCGACAAGACAGCUUUUUUUUUUUAAUUUUGAAACUAGCCUUUGCCGUGUUGGUUGUAAAACACUCGGCAAAGGGUGCAGGGUAGUGCCGUGUGAGUCCUCCAAGGCACACGGCAAAGGUGGCCUGACGUAGCACCGUCAGUUAGGUGGAGAAACCGUGAAGUUAAUUUUUGCCGUGUUCUUCAAAGUGAGGCACACGGCAAAGGCUUUGCUGUGUUCCACGCGGAAAGGCACACGGCAAAGGUUCUUUGCCGAGCUGUUUUUCGCCGUGUGAACUUUGCUGUGUUCCGCCACACAGCAAAGGCUUUGCCGUGUUCCGAAGGGCCUUUGCUGUGUAUUUUGCCAACACGGCAAAGUCGUGUUUUCCCGUAG